GCCGCCCGCGGCCGGGCAUGGGGUGGCCUGGGCGGGGGCGGUCUCGCCUCCCCGGUCCCGGUAGCGGCGGGGCGGAGCGGAGCGGCGGCGGGCGGCAUGGGGUCGGCGUGGGGGCGGCGAGCGCUGCGGGCCGGGCUGGUGCUGGGCGCCCUGGUGCUGGUGCUGCAGGGGUUGCGGGGCUGGCUGGCUUCCAAGCGGUACGAGUUCCAGCCCGCCGAGAUCGCCCAGCUCGCCCGGCACCACGCGGGACUCACAGCCACACCGGGUACUGCAGGGCUGGACCAUGAGCUGGCUUUCUCCAAGAUCAUCGUGGAGCUACGGAAGAAGCACCCAGGCCACAUCCUGCCAGACGAGGACCUGCAGUGGGUGUUUGUGAACGCGGGCGGGUGGAUGGGUUCCAUGUGCCUCCUGCACGCCUCGCUCACCGAGUACGUACUGCUCUUCGGGACAGCUGUCGACACUGUGGGCCACUCAGGUCGGUACUGGGCAGAUAUCUCUGACACUGUCAUCUCGGGAACCUUCCGGCAGUGGAAGGAGGGGACCACCAGAAGUGAGAUCUACUAUCCAGGGGACACCAUCGUGCACCAGGCAGGAGAGGCCACGUCAGUGCAGUGGAGCGCAGGCACCUGGAUGGUGGAGUACGGCCGGGGCUUCAUCCCCUCCACACUUGCCUUUGCCCUGGCUGACACCCUUUUCAGCACUCAGGACUUCGUCACCCUCUUCUACACCUUGCGUGUCUAUGCCAAGGGCCUACUCCUGGAAGCCAAUGCCUUCUUCAGUACCUGGGGCUGCUGAGCCUGGCCCACUGGGGCAUCCUGCCAGGCACAGCUGGCUCCUCUCCUUCCAGCCUUCUUCCCCCUUCCUUCUCCCUGAGCCCAGGCUCUAGCAGAGACAGCAGGAGACCCCCCUGUGCCUCCCCCAGAUUGCUCUGUCCUUCCCUAAAGGCUACCUGGGUGCCAGGGCAGAGGAACUGUGGCAGUCACAGCAAACAGACUGCCAGUUUUCUUUACUACCUGCCUCUCCCCACAUAUUGAUCAGAUACACACCCUGCUUUUCCAUCCCUCGGGAGCUGGAGUGGCCUCGUGGGGUGCUAACAACGCUGUGUGGCCUCGGCACGCAGUGGGAGAGAGGCUGGAGCUCACUGUCCCCAGGCUCUGCAAAAUUUCUGCAGCUUCUGAGACAUCAGGAGGAGGAUGCUGCCCUUGGGGCAGGGUGCACAGGAUGAGCUGGGCCAAAGCACCUUCUGUAGAGGUCGGCCAAGAGGUUCCCUGUCUCCCUGGCAGGCUCCCAGGGCUGUGGACAGCACAGGGUGCUGUAUCCAGCUGGCAGCAUCUCCCAUGGCUCUGUCCCCAUUGAUGUGGGCUGGCAGCACACAGUGUCCACCUGGCACAGGGCAGGAUCUGUGCUGGGACUCCCUGGUAGUGAGGAGAUUCCCAGCUUCUGUUCUGCAGGUCCCUUUUGGUCCCCUGUGUGUCAUCUGCCCCAGGGGAUGGGGAUCCCUUUCCUCACAGUCCUCUCGUCAGUCCCCUCCAAGGAGGAGAGCCACCGUAUGUCGCCUUAACCAAGAGCCUGUCCUGCGUGGCCUCUGGGCUGUGCUCACUCCUAGUGUUGCGGGUGCCCAAACCUCUGUACUAGCUCAGGAUGGGAUCUUUGACCUUGAAAUGCUUCCCCUGGCUGUGAGGCCCCCUGGGGAGAGCCACCCCAUUCAGCUCCCAGCACAGGGUUCCAGACACCAAGGGAGCACCAUGGAUUCCUGACCGAGCUGGGCUGCAGACCCUGUUUGCAGCCCUGUGGCCAGACCUUUGUGGGCUCGCUGCUUGGUGGAGGACUUUCACCUCCGUGCUGCUGCCAAACUAACGUCUGUGUCCCUGGCCACCAGUCCUGCAGCAUGUUGCUCCUCCUGCUCCCUGGACUGUCCCCAUCCUGCUGACUGGCAGCCCCGCACGUGGGCUGCUUCUUAAUUUGUCACCUGAAAAGAGAUAAUCGGUAAUAAAAUUGUUCAUCCCA